AUGACUAAGAUUGAAUUAUCCCCAUCGUUUAAAACCGUCUCAGGCAAACCCCUCUUGUUGGGUACUGGUACUGGUACCAAGUGGAAGGAUUUAGUAAGGGCAGACGCUUCUAACUCCAAGAUCUUGGUGGACCAACUUAAAUUAUCCGUCCACAAAGGCUACUAUCAUUUAGACACAGCAGAGAUAUAUGGUACCCAACCUGAAGUCGGAAAGGCUCUUAAGGAGAUUGACGUCAACCGUGAGGAUCUUUGGGUUACCACCAAGUAUUCACCUUUUUCAAAGUUCGGUCCUGUGGCUGCUUUGAAAGCCGGUUUUGAGGAAAUCGGUGUCGACUACGUUGAUCUAUACUUGAUUCACGCUAAUAAAUGGGAUGGCAAGAAUGGCUAUAACUUGGAAUCAGCUUGGAAAGAAGUAAUUGAAACCAAAAAGCAAGGAUUGGCUCGUUACAUUGGCGUGUCCAAUUUUGAUGUCCCAGCUUUAGAGGCAGUUAUCGCCAUAAGUAAAGAGUACGGAGACGAGUACCUUCCACAGUUUAACCAGAUUGAAUUCCAUCCAUAUUUGAAGAACCAAUUCCCCGGUUUGUACGACUUUUGCCAAAAGAAUAGCAUUUUGAUAGAAGCUUAUGGGCCAUUGACCCCUCUUAUAAGAGUUGAAGAGAAAGACCAUCCUCUUGCCAAAAUUUUACCUCGAUUACUGGAAAAGUACGGAAAAACCGACUCGCAAAUCUUAUUGAGAUGGGUGUUGCAAAAGAAUGUCUUGCCGGUGACUACUUCCAGUAACGAAAAGAGAAUUGAGCAAUCAUUGGAAGUCUACGACUUUUCUUUAACUGAAGACGACGUUAAAGAAAUCGAUUCUGUUGAGGAUGAAUUCCAAUUUAGAGGGUUCACUUUUGUUCUCUAA